AUGUCAUUUGGCGUGCAAAAAUUUUCUCAAGCUUUGCAAAUCGACUAUUACAACGAUUGCAUAUUCUACAUAGUGGAAAAGGAUUUCACAGCAGAAACGGGGGAUCCAAAUGGCACGAGAACUGGAGGAAACUCAAUCUACAAACUUAUCAAUGUGGGUGAUCGGUUUUUCGAUGAUGAGAUUCAUCGUGAUUUAAACCAUACAAAAGCUGGCACGGUUGCCAUGGUUAAUCACGGAGAAAACCUCAAUGCUUCUGAAUUCUAUAUCACCCUUUCAGAUGAAUUGAACAUGCUCGAUGGGAAACACACGGUUUUUGGGGAGGUUGUUGAAGGGUUUGAUACAUUGACGGUAAUAAACACAGUGGAGGUUGAUGAGGACUGCAAAGCGGUUCGCGACGGCAUCAAAAUCAUAUAUACUAUGAAGACCCACAGUAAGACGUAUUCCACCUCCGUAAAGAAGAUGGAGAAAGAAAUCGCAUAUCUUGUUGAGAAUAUAGAAGAACAGUGCAGUAUCAAGGAGUGUGACAUGACUUUAGCUCAUCGCAACCAAUGGAACCUUAUUUUGGAUAAAGAAAUUAUCUAG